AUGGCCAACCUCGCGUCCAACGACUACUAUGAAAAUCUCGGUGUAUCACGCACAGCUACAGCACAAGAGAUUAAGACGGCCUAUCGCAAAUUAGCCAUCAAAUAUCAUCCAGACAAGAAUUUUGCAGAUAAGCUCACGGCUGAGGCCAAUUUCAAGAUCGUGGGCGAGGCGUAUAACGUGCUUUCGGAUAAUGACACGCGCAGAAUCUACGAUAUUUAUGGCAAGGAGGGACUAGAGGAUGGCGCACAACCCAUGACGAAAGAACGUGCCAUGGAAAUUUUUGAAGAGUUUUUUCGCUUUGGCGAGGCGAUGGACCCGGAUGCUCCUAAUCGCACUAAGGGUAUUCGACGAGCAGCAGGUGGUGCAGUCUAUGCACCAGCUAAGGGUAUUUUGUACGGCGGCAAGUCGAUUGUGGGUGGUGUUGUCUUAAGUGCCGCUUCUGUGGUUGCUGGUGCUGGCGCAAUGGUCGUGAACGUAGCUGCUGGUCUUAAAGAAAUGGGUGAGGCUGGUGUUAAUGCAGCACGUAAGCACAAGGAUAACAAAAAUGCAAGCGACAGUGAAAAAGAAGUUCCUGUCGUGACGGGAGGAGACGGAAGCUCUGGUGCUGGAGAACACGGAGACCAUAAAACAGCGAUCGUUUCUAUUAACCAAAAGCCCACUCCUACAUUCAUGGGAGGAUUGAAGAAAGCAACCAUUGGUGCUGUUGCUGCUCCUGUUGCGGCAAUUGUGACAGGAGGCGGCGUGUUGCUUGCAAGUGGUGUCGCAGCUAGUGGUUAUGUAGUCGGUGGUUUUGCUGGCGCUGCUACGAACGUGGCAAGCGGAGUGCGCGAGGUAAAAGCAGCAAAUAAGAUGGAGAAGAAACGCCGCGCCGACAGUGCAACUAGUACCCAGGACUCUACGGCAUCAACGAAGAGUUCGCCGGAAUCAUAUAUGUUUCCAAGUAAAACUGUUUCAGGGGAGGAAAAAAACACCUCGGCAGCUCAGACCGCUUAG